CUUCCUCCCUUUUUUUUUUCUUGUCUUUUCUUUUUCUAUAUAUAUAAUCUAUUAGUGUAGAAAAGCAAUUAGUGUGUGUUUCACUAUCUUAUUCUUUCGCCUAUCCUUUCCUUUAUUAUAAAUAACAAUAGAUCCUCAUGGAAGAUACUCAUCAACCAUCCAUCUCCUUUUGUGUGGAAUGUAGAGAUCAAGAGGCAUCCAUAUUUUGUGAACAGUGUGAUGAAGACUUUUGUGAAGUUUGCCAUGGGAUGCUUCAUCGUACCGGGAAUCGACGCAAACAUACAGCCAAGAAUUUGAAAGUGUCAACAGCACCUAUUACUUCUCAAACAACAAUGACAGAAGCAGAUACAAAGCCUAGUACAAGUGAUAAUACCAGUUCAAAAGAACCUUCUAUGAAAAAUGGCGCGUCUUCUUCCACAGUUUCAACUUUGACUUUGGAUGGCACCAUCAUAAAUGGAAAUGGAGCUACUUUUGGUGAAUGGAUGACGAAACGGGCAAAACAUGUACCAUUACGAUUGGAUGCUCAAGAAAGAGGGAUGUUACGAUUAUUGGAAGCUGCAUUGAACGUAUCUGAAUAUACCGAUCGUAUUGAUAUUAUAUCAUACUCCAACAAAGCCAAGCGGAUAGUUCUUCAAAUCAAAGAUAUUUGUGAUAUCAUUUCUGGAUUACUUGUAUCUGGUGAUUAUAAACUUGGUGCUCGAUUAUUUGCGGAACAAAGUAUCAAAGAAAAUGAAGCCUUUUUUCAACGUGUAUUUGAAGUAGGAAGACGUUACAAGAUUAUGAAUCCUGAAAAAAUGCGAUCCAACUAUGGUAAAUUGAUGUAUAUGUUGAUGGAUUCGGUGAUUCCUGAAGUAGAAGCAGCCCUUGGAUUUAGUUGUGUGAUUCCCAUCAAGACGGUAUAUGACUUUUUGAAAGAAAACGAAUGUGUGGAAGUAUUACAUGAUGACAAUAUUGCACUUGCUACUAGAGAAAUUGCACCUGAAUACAAGACACGGGAACAAGUCCAAGAUGAAAUUCAGCGCAAACAAUUGGCUAUUGAAUCACUUUGUAAACAAUAUUCAAAUGAUAGAGUAUCAGCUCAAGAUAUUGAACGAUGUUUAGCUUCUUUAUCUGAUAAUCAUGCGUUUUUGAAAUCAAAUCGGGAUCCAUGUGAAAAAAUGAUGAAAUACCUUGGCAAAUACUACCAUCCUUCCAAAUCUGAAUCUGGUUAUUCAUUGGCAAUCAUGGCAGGAAGACAUGGACAUCGAUUGACACAUACUCAUUCAAGUCAAUACAGUUAUGUACAUCAAUCUCUUACUUUAUGGCGGGAAAUUGUUCAUGAUAUGUUUAUGUUAUGGCAUUUAUCUGAUGAGGAUCUGACUUCUUCUAUGAAUCCUUAUCGAUUGACUAACACUGGACAAGGAUUACAACGAAUUCAACCAUGUAGUCAAGUAUCUCGAGCCAUGCACAAGAUUCUUCAUCGAGCUCAAAAGAAAUGUGGUUCUUGGGUUGGAAGUAGUGUGAUUCAUCUUGGUGAUAGAAAUGUACCCAAUGCUUUUAUGUUUAUUGAUAAGUAUAAUCAAGUGGCAAGAAUCUUAUCUCCUAUUGUCAGUACAUUGGAUAAAUUAGAUACGGUGGUAAAAGAAGAUGAAGAAUUGGCUAGAUAUAUCAAUACUAUGUAUGGUAGUGUGGAUCAAUGUCGAAAAGAUAUAUUGCAUGACUUUUUCCGAUCAGGCUUUGAUGGUUCAGGGGCUGACAAUUAUUUUGAUGCAGGAAGCUGUAUUGAUGGACGAUUGACAUCUGCAUGGAAUUGGUGUUCACAAAUCGAGAAAAAACCAUUUUUCCCGGUGUUUUUAUUGACUGGAUUUGUUGGGUUUGAUGGUGGUGGCUGGUAGUUUCAUUUGUGAUU